CGACAGAGGAGCGCGUCCUCGUAGCCGUGGCCGCUCUAGCCCCGUCCCAUCUCUGUCGUGGAGGACCCGCCUCGGCACAAGCGGGCCCGGUCCGGCCUUGCGGUAAGCCUUCGGCCGCGGCUGCCGAGCAGUCCUGGCGGCGGCGCACCGACGAGCGGACGGGUGGAUUCCAGGGUCUGAGGCGGCUCCUCAGUUCCGCUGCUGGCCCAGCACCGGGGGGUCGGGUGCCCCUCCCUCCGCCGUCAGGGCCCGCUUCUCUUCCUGCCUGUCUGGCUGAGUAAAGAUGACAGCAAUCAAGCACGCAUUACAAAGAGACAUUUUUACACCAAAUGACGAACGCCUGCUGAGUAUUGUCAAUGUCUGCAAAGCAGGAAAAAAGAAAAAGAACUGUUUUUUGUGUGCCACAGUGACAACUGAACGUCCCGUGCAGGUGAAGGUGGUCAAAGUCAAGAAAUCUGAUAAAGGAGAUUUCUACAAAAGGCAGAUUGCUUGGGCCCUUCGAGACCUUGCUGUGGUAGAUGCCAAGGAUGCUAUUAAAGAAAAUCCUGAAUUUGAUUUACAUUUUGAAAAAAUAUAUAAAUGGGUUGCCAGCAGCACUGCUGAAAAGAAUGCAUUUAUUUCAUGCAUUUGGAAACUGAAUCAGCGAUAUCUCCGGAAGAAAAUUGAUUUUGUCCAUGUUAGCUCACAGCUUUUGGAAGAACUGCCUAAAGUUACAGAAGAGCAACAGUUACUUCAGGUAGGGGGAAAAGAAUCUGUUCCAAGUGGAGAAAAUCAGAGUGUGACAGGAGGCGAUGAAGAAGCAGUGGAUGAAUACCAAGAGUUAAAUGCAAGAGAAGAGCAGGAUAUUGAGAUAAUGAUGGAAGGCUGUGAGUAUGCAAUUUCGAAUGCCGAGGCCUUUGCAGAAAGGUUGUCCAGAGAGCUGCAGGUGUUAGAUGGGGCCAACAUCCAGUCAAUCAUGGCCUCCGAAAAGCAAGUAAACAUCCUAAUGAAGUUGCUGGAUGAGGCUCUAAAGGAGGUGGAUCAGAUUGAAUUGAAACUGAGCAGUUAUGAGGAAAUGCUCCAAAGUGUAAAAGAACAAAUGGAUCAGAUCUCUGAGAGCAACCACCUGAUUCAUCUUAGUAACACUAAUAAUGUAAAACUCCUAUCAGAGAUAGAGUUCCUUGUGAACCACAUGGACUUGGCCAAAGGUCAUAUAAAGGCCCUUCAGGAAGGAGAUCUUGCUUCCUCCAGGGGCAUCGAGGCCUGUACCAACGCCGCAGAUGCCCUUCUGCAGUGCAUGAAUGUGGCUCUUCGACCAGGCCAUGACAUGCUUCUGGCGGUCAAACAGCAACAGCAGCGUUUCAGUGAUUUGCGAGAGCAUUUUGCCCGGAGACUAGCCAGUCACCUCAACAAUGUUUUUGUUCAACAGUUUACUCAGGCCCUCCUUCAACUCUAUAACAGGUCCUACUUUCUUUCGGUGCCUGGCCAUGAUCAGAGUUCAACUCUUGCUCAGCACUCUGUUGAACUGACUUUACCUAAUCAUCAUCCAUUUCAUAGAGACUUGCUCCGAUAUGCCAAGCUGAUGGAGUGGCUAAAGAGUACCGAUUAUGGAAAAUAUGAGGGACUAACAAAGAAUUACAUGGAUUAUUUAUCACGACUCUAUGAGAGAGAAAUUAAAGAUUUCUUUGAAGUUGCAAAGAUCAAGAUGACUGGCACAACUAAAGAAAGCAAGAAGUUUGCUACACUGCCUCGAAAAGAAAGUGCUGUCAAACAGGAAACAGAGAGUCUUCAUGGAAGUUCCGGGAAAUUAACUGGAUCUACUUCUAGUCUAAAUAAACUCAGUGUUCAGAGUUCAGGGAAUCGCAGAUCUCAGUCAUCUUCCUUGUUGGAUAUGGGAAACAUGUCAGCCUCUGAUCUCGAUGUUGCUGACAGAACCAAAUUUGAUAAGAUCUUUGAACAGGUUCUGAGUGAACUGGAGCCCCUGUGUCUGGCAGAACAGGACUUCAUAAGUAAAUUUUUCAAACUACAGCAACAUCAAAGCAUGCCUGGAACUAUGACUGAAGCAGAGGACCUAGAUGGAGGAACGUCGUCACGGCAACAUAAUGCUGGCACACCACUGCCUGUUUCAUCUGAGAAAGAUAUGAUUCGCCAAAUGAUGAUUAAAAUAUUUCGCUGCAUUGAGCCAGAACUGAACAACCUGAUUGCAUUAGGAGACAAAAUCGAUAGCUUUAACUCCCUUUACAUGCUAGUCAAAAUGAGUCAUCAUGUGUGGACUGCACAAAAUGUGGAUCCUGCUUCUUUUCUAAGUACUACAUUGGGAAAUGUUUUGGUGACUGUCAAAAGGAACUUUGAUAAAUGUAUUAGUAACCAAAUAAGGCAAAUGGAGGAAGUAAAGAUCUCAAAGAAGAGUAAAGUAGGAAUUCUCCCAUUUGUUGCUGAAUUUGAAGAAUUUGCUGGACUUGCAGAAUCAAUCUUUAAAAAUGCUGAGCGUCGUGGAGAUCUAGAUAAAGCAUAUACUAAACUUAUCAGAGGAGUGUUUGUUAAUGUGGAGAAAGUAGCUAACGAAAGCCAGAAGACGCCCAGGGAUGUAGUCAUGAUGGAAAACUUCCACCAUAUUUUUGCAACACUUUCUCGUUUGAAAAUCUCAUGUCUAGAAGCUGAAAAAAAAGAAGCCAAACAAAAAUACACAGAUCACCUUCAGUCUUACGUCAUUUACUCUUUAGGACAACCUCUUGAAAAACUAAAUCAUUUCUUUGAAGGCGUUGAAGCUCGGGUAGCACAGGGUAUAAGAGAAGAGGAAGUAAGCUAUCAACUUGCAUUUAACAAACAAGAACUCCGAAAAGUUAUUAAAGAGUAUCCUGGAAAGGAAGUAAAAAAAGGUCUAGAUAACCUCUACAAGAAGGUUGACAAACAUUUGUGUGAAGAGGAGAACUUACUUCAGGUGGUGUGGCACUCCAUGCAGGAUGAAUUUAUACGCCAGUACAAGCAUUUUGAAGGUUUGAUAGCUCGCUGUUAUCCUGGAUCUGGUGUUACAAUGGAAUUCACUAUUCAGGACAUUCUGGACUAUUGCUCCAGCAUUGCGCAGUCCCACUAAACCUUACAAAAGAAGAAAAGAUAAAUGAAAAAAGCACUCUGAGUACACCAUACACUAUUCAAAAACAUCAAGCAACCGUUUUGAGAACCAGACUUGAAAUUUUAUGUUUGAAUGUCAGAUAAAUGGGUAAUACCAUACCACAAAUAUUCAAAAGCGAAAGUGCCAACCUAUGUGGCAGUUUCAUUUGCCCAAUAGGUUGUGUACUAAAAGCAUUUAUCUCGGGUUUCCUUGGUGGUGCAGUGGUUAAGAAUCCGCCUGCCAAUGCAGGAGACAUGGAUUCAAGCCCUGGUCCAGGAAGAUCCCACAUGCCGCGGAGAAACUAAGCACGUUUCCCACAACUGCUGAAGUCCAUGCACCCUAGAGCCCAUGCUCUGCAACAAGAGAAGCCACUGCAAUGAGAAGCCUCUGCACCACAACGAAGAGUAGUCCCUGCUCGCCGCAACUAGAGAAAGCCCACAUGCAGCAACGAAGACCCAAUGCAGCCAAAAAUUAAUUAAUUAAUUAAUUAAUUUAAAGCAUUUAUCUCAUCAUAAAUGCCUUUAUCAUUUUUCUAGACCAUCCAGGAAAUUUUCCUGUAUUGCCUCUCUUCUUAUAUUUGAGUGGUUAUCCUAUGUGUAAUGCAUUAGGAGUUCUUCAGCUUUCACUAAUUCAGUAUUGCUUACAAAUGUAACUACUAAAAUUUUGUAUAGAACUUUUUCCCUCUAACUAAUGUAUAUAUGGAUAGGGAUCUUGUGAUGAUCAGUUGUAAACUUGGAAUUUGAGGAUUAUGUGACUCUGUGUAGCA